ACUAUUGCGAAAUUGUUGUGUUGUGCAGCAAGCAAGAGUGGAGUUGCCAAACUGUCAUUCCUCGCAUUUACUCGAGCCCCACUUUCAAUCAACAGCUUCGUUAUUUCCAUGUGACCUACCGUGGAAUAUAUAUUAGUGUGAGAACAUGUAUAGUGCUGAAACACGCACACGUCAAUUAGAUACUGUAAUUGGGUGAUCACGACAAGCGAGUCACAGAAAUUUACCUAACAGUAAUUAACUCGAUGUAACGACAACUUUCAGCACAUACAGUGUUCUACCAGCAUGGCGCUCCCGAUGUCUCCUGGCAUCCUUGCUGCUGUUUGUAUUUUAUCUGUUGAACUUGUCGUGAUCAUUGUGGUUAUAACAUUUCUACUGUGGAAGAAUCACCGAGGUACAAACAAAGGUCAUGAUAUUCCUACAAGUAACGAAGGAAAUUUUCAGAAUGACGAAUCUCUCCCUAUACAAAACACAGUUGCAAAAGAGGACGAACAGUCUAUUCAUCAAAUCGAGCAAGAGGUAGAAGAAAUAAAGGAAGAUCGGAUGAUCUAUGAAACUAGUUCCAAUACUGAUUCAAUUGAAAAGAAGCAACUCAGCAGCUCAUCUGACUUGCCUUGUACAUCAUCUGAUGAAGAUGACGGUACAUCACUACAUAGCGAUAAAGAACACACCGAGGAAGCUGAAGAAACGAAUCAAACGUGUGCUCUGGAAAUAGGAACUCUAGAAAACAGUCGAUUGCCAACUCCUCCACCCGAGGAAACAGUAAUAUCUGUACCCAUCAACAACAGUGCAGCACCGGAAUGUGAAGCAUUUGUUGCAACCCCACAUUUAGAUACACCGGGAUCAUCAGUUGAAGAAGAAACUGCUUCAAGUCCUCAAGAACCAAUCCCUAGAGCAUAUUCCGCAUGUGAUGAGAAAAAUAAAUACUCAGAAAAUGACACAAUGCCUCGGACGAAAUCCGAAACAAUCACACCGCUUGGGCCGAGUGAUUCAAUUGGUGGAAUAACAUUAUCAUUAAGAAUCGAUCACGGUAUUGCGCCAAUCUUUGAGAAAAGAGGAAUGGAAGAUAUUCAAAAUAAUCAAAGCUUACCAACGGCGAAUGAGAAACAAGAGGUUCCUAACAAAAUUGAAGUGAUAAGACGGUGUCACUCACAGCCACAAGAGGAUGAACAUGUUUUUUACGAUCCUUAUCAGAAAAAGUUCCUCAGUGUUGGAGAUCCCUCUGCAUCGUCGAGUAUAGACGAAGAUAUGGAAAGUUUAGAAGUCGCCAACGGAGAAGAAGCGAUAGCAGGAAUCAUAAACGUUACUUCUGGCGAUAAACUUACUAUUUGUCAAGCUGUGGAGAAAGGUUUAAUUCCCAAGAAAACUGCAAUAUCGUUGCUUGAAGCACAGGCUGCUACAGGUUGCGUUGUUAACCCCCGAAGUGGGGUUAAGCUUUCUGUCACGGACGCCGUGAAGUUGGGUAUAGUGGAUGAGCAUUAUAAAACGGCACUUAUCGCAGCAGAAGGAGCUUUUUACGGAUAUUUGGAUCCUAGAACAGGAGAGAGUAUUUCGUUAAACACGGCCAUGAAACGAGGUAUAUUUCCACGAGCCCAAGGUUUGCGAUUGCUUGAAGCGCAAGUGGCAACCGGUGGAGUUAUCAAUCCAUGGACAGGGAAACGUUAUUCACUUACAACAGCGGUCAGUAAAGGUUUAAUUGAUCAAGAGACUUCUGAUGUACUGAUGACAACUGAUGAUCAACAUGAUUUCUUUGAUCCCAACACAAAGACACGAUUGGGCUAUGCAGAUAUUCUCGGAAAAUGUAUUCGCGAUUUGGAUACAGGUCUUAAAUUUUUAUACAUCGAGGAAAAACCCAAAAACAAUUUAAAUCAAUAUCAACCGGACCUGUUGUCAUUCAGAAGUGCAUUUAGAAAGAAAGUAACAUUGCAAGAUUUAAUAGAUGCUGAUCUUGUUGAAGCACCUGUCAUUGAAGCCUUUCAAGCAGGUAAAAUUAACAAGGAGCAGUUAAGAGAUAUAUUCCAACCUAUUUUAGUUGGUUCGGACCCAAUUGGUGGUGUUUGGAACAGAACUACACAUAAGAUUUUGUCGAUAUCUCAGGCUGUGGAUGUUGGACUACUAAGGCGUGGGACAGCAUUAGAAUUACUGGAAGCACAGGCCGCGACAGGAAGCAUCAUAGACCCAAUGUCGGGUAAGAAAAUGUCAGUAAGUCGGGCAGUGAGCGUCGGGCUUGUUAACCGUCAGUUUGCUACAUCUUUGAAGCGUGCCGAGCAAGCGACCAUUGGCUACACGGAACCUGGCACAAACCGAUACAUAUCUUUGUUUGAAGCAAUGCAUCGUGGUGUGGUAAUUGAAAGUUAUGGAAUCCGUUUGUUAGAAGCUCAAAUAGCAACCGGCGGCCUCAUUGAUCCGAUAGCAGGAUACAGGAUACCUCCUCGUAUAGCAAUGCGACGAGGAUUGUUCGACGAACGUUUGGCGUCAAUUUUAUCAAAUACCAAUGAAAUAAAAGGAUACUACGACCCAUCGACAGAGAUGAACUUGACAUAUGGGGAGUUAAUGGCACGCUGCGUUCGAAAGAAACGUAAAUACGGGGAUUUGCUUUUAUUCCCGAUUAAAGACACAGCACCAAUGGCAUCUAUGCAGAAGGAGCCUUACAGAAAACGAAAAAUAAUUAUCGUGGAUCCCAAAACGAAGAGGCAUAUGUCAGUAAAUCAAGCGGUUAUGGCUGACGUAAUCGAUCAGGAAACGGCAGAGAAUUUGAAAACUAAAGAAAAGUAAAUUGGGGUGGCAGCUUCUUUUAACUAUGCUGUAUAAACCAACUUGAAAAAACAAACUGUAAAUAUUUUACUAAAGCUUUUUUUAACUUUCCGUUCUAUGAGUUUUUGCUUGUGAAAACUAACUACAUCCGUGUAUAGGCCUACGGAAAUGGAAUACAUGAAUUAAACGCAAUUUAUUCAAGUUUUUUCCCCACCCUAUAGGCCUUCUAUACGUAUGCUAUGUUAAAGAUUACGAAGUCAGUUUUUAACUUUCCAUAGCUCUUUGGCGCCACACAUUGACCGCUCUCACCAUUUCUAAAUAUCCAAGGCACUGUUGUUUUUGCAGUGUCUCUUUCUAUCCGGAGAAGCUUUGUUUAAGUACAUUUUGAAUGUUGAAUUAAAUAUGACCAUUACACAUAAACUG